CACGCAUGUCUGCUCCAUCUCCUUGAUUGCAGCGGCCGCCUGGAGGAGCGCAGCAGCGGCGGAGAGAGGCGCAGCAGCGGCAGCAGCACCAUCAGUCUGGUGUCCGGGGGGCAGGCGGAGGAAUGAGAGAGGACCGAGCAUCGUCCCCGCCAUGCAGCAGCAGCAGCAGCAGCAGCCGAAACAAGCAUCAGAAACACACCCGCGCCAGCCGUCCAUUUUUCACCGAUUCUACGAGCCGAUGAGCGCCAGUGGUGCGUCUGAAUCUUGCGGGCGGGCAGCGGCAGCAGCAGCCCCGGCGGAGACAACCUAGGCCAACGCCUCGCUGCAGCUGCGUACAGGGAAUGAAAACGCUCCCAAGAUGGUCCGCAUCGCCAAGGCCCUGGGGUUGGUUAUCCUGUGCGUCGCCGUGCUCAUCCUGUCCCUCAUCAGCUACGUGUCCCUGAGGAAAGACAGCCUCUUCGCCUCCUCCAAGUACUACAUGGGAGGCCCGCGGAUUAUGUUUCACGCAGGGUUCCGGUCACAGUUCGCCUUGAAUUUCCUGGACCCGUCCUUCAUCCCAUUAACCAGUGCACUAAACGAAGAGCUGCAAGGGAAAUCUUCCAAGUGGAAGUUCAACAAGACGGCUUUUUCUCAUCUGAGGAAAGAUAUCUUCAGCUACAUCGACAUUGCCAACAACUUCUCCCUCACGAAGAACAGCGUGCGGGUCGGACAGCUGAUGCACUUUGACUACUCCAGCCAUAAGUACGUCUUCUCCAUCAGCAACAACUUCAAAUCCCUGCUCCCAGACGCCUCCCCCGUCCUCAACAAGCACUACAGUGUGUGCGCGGUGGUGGGGAACAGCGGCAUCCUGACGGGCAGCCACUGCGGCCCGGAAAUCGACCAGGCCGACUUUGUCUUCCGCUGCAACUUCGCCCCCACGGAGGUCUACUCCAAGGACGUGGGCAGGAAGACCAACCUGACCACCUUCAACCCCAGCAUCCUGGAGAGGUACUACAACAACCUGCUGACCAUCCAGGACAGGAAUAACUUCUUCCUCAACCUGAAGAAGCUAGAGAGCGCCAUCCUGUGGAUCCCGGCCUUCUUCCUCCAUACCUCAGCCACAGUGACCAGGACCCUGGUGGACUUCUUUGUGGAGCACAAGGGUCAACUGAAGGUCAAACUGGCCUGGCCUGGAAACAUCAUGCACGAUGUCAACAAAUACUGGAAGACUAAAAACCUCUCUCCCAAGCGUCUCAGCACCGGAAUCCUCAUGUACACGCUGGCUUACGCCAUGUGCGACGAGAUCCACCUCUACGGCUUCUGGCCCUUCGGCUGGGACCCCAACACGGGCAAUGAUCUGCCUUACCACUACUACGACAAGAAAGGGACCAAAUUCACCACCAAGUGGCAGGAGACCCACCAGCUGCCCAGCGAGUUCAAGCUGCUCUACCAGCUUCACAGGGAAGGUGUGACCAAACUCAGCCUGACACACUGCGCAGCGUAGACCUGGGGUUGGAUGUUCUCCGGGUCGACUCCAGAGGCCGUGAGCCAGAUACUCCAGUUCAGUUCACACUUCUGUUGUGUCCCCACAGUGCAUGAUCAGUGUUGACGUCAUUUAUGAGAAUCCUACAAACACACAUCACGUUGUAGCUUCACAUGACGAUGUCAGACUCACUCCGGAUGUAGAUCCCACAUCUCAUUCAGGAUAUGGUUGUGUUCGGUACAGUUAGGAUUUGUUUUUUUACGCUGCUCACUUGCCUUCAUUACUCUCCUCUGCAUGUCUGCUGGCUGUGGCUUAACGGCUCCAACAGAGCAGAUGUCUGUUUUUGACUGGAGUCUGCAGGGGAUUUAGCUGUAGAGUCGGAAGAAGUAGUCAAACCAUCCAGUUGUGUUUAAUUCAGUAUUGACUGAUUAAUCGCCUAUUACAACAGUUCUGAAAAUCAAUACACUGAAAUCACUGCCUAAUCUCAGGGAAGGAGUUAGAUCAGUGUUUUUUUGUAAUCGGAUACAACGCCUCAGAGAGGUGCCGUCCCUUUUCCCUAUGAGGUGUGAAGAUUUGUUUACAAGACUACGCACACACACGCACACAUGCAGAUACACACACACACACACACACACACAUACGUGUGUGCUUUAUUCUCUGCAGAAAGUUUGACCGUCCAAAUCAAUUUUUGGAAUAAUAAUCAACAUUCCAACAAAAAGCCAUAAAUUCAUAGACAGAAAGUAUGUUGUCAACACAAUACGGAAUUAAAGAAAGUGGUAUCAACCUACAUUAGGUUCUGAGAACAAAGAUUUUAAGAGAUGACAUAUUUGUCCUAACAGCUGAAUAGCCACGCUAGCGUUUACAUUAACUUAACACGAGUUAGAUUUUUAGAACAAAUCAAUAACUGGCAACUUGUGAAAAACCUAAAUUGUCAUCUUACAACACUCGCUGCUCUGAAAGUAUUUCCAGACACUGUGGCACAGUAAAAAAAAAAAAAAUUAUAAUAUUUUUUCCAGUUUCCAAAGUUGCUACUCUUAUUUUCUGCCUUAAUACUAUACUAAGUUUGACAAUUUAUAAAAAUUAUAAUAAAAAAACUAUCAAUAAUGUUGAAUGCACUAUUCACAGCAGUAAUUAAGUUGCAUUCAAAGUUUGAACAGUAUCUAUUAUUCAAAGGUUUAGUGUUUGUGAUGUUACGGCAAAACAUGAAAGCUACAAACUGGGGCUGAGCUUUUUCUGGCGAAUUUUAAAUUUGCUCCUAAGUUUUUGUGUCAAAUCUUUACUAAACUCUAACGCACUUCUAACGACUUUCAAACUAAUUCAGGUUGUGACUUCGUGGUGUCGACAAAACUUCAGGGAGUCGCUGAUUCUCUCCAACAAAUCAACACAAUCCUAAUUCCACUAACUGUCGCUUUUGAACACGUUUUAGUUUUUUUGUAUAGAUGAAAUAAACAAGAUUUAAAAUGUUAGCCAGCUUUAGCGCUGCUGAUCUUGUGACCUUUGGUCUCCGGGCUUCACACUGAAUGUACAGACAUGAUUAUCUCAAAUGACUCUCGCAAGAAGAAGUGUUUUUCCCUUUAAAACCCGACAUCUUCGCUAGUAAGGAUUUCAAUAAUGUAAGGAUAAUGCAAUGUAAGCAAUAUAACCUCCAAAUGCAAACAACUGUCUUUGUAAAAGUAGUUUGUUCCUAUUAUAUAUGCAUACAUGGAGACGUCUGCAUGUUCUGUAGCAUUCAUGCACAUUAGUGGUAAAUCUAAUUAUGUUAACCUGACUGCUUUAGCUAUUUAGUGUAACCCGUACGCACAUAAAAUUCCGUAAUUUGAACUAAUUGCCGAAUUUCUUUGUGAAACACAAUUCAAAUGUUUAAGUUAAAUAGUUUGAUGAGCCACAUUUUCUCGGGCCAUCAUCUCAUCAUGCUUAACAGGUUUUAUGCUAGUUGCUCGUUCCGUGAUCUAAGCAGCCUGGCUGUUAAGUGGGUGUUCCUAAUACUUAACAGAUAUUCUGUGUUGUGAAACACGUUUUAAUUUCUCAGUGGGUAAAUCUCCACUCAAUAAAUUCAAGUAACUUUCCAAGGAAACAAGUUCAAUUUGGCAGUUUAUCCCCAAAAAUGAGGCAACAAUGUGAGGUUUGAGGGGAAGGCGCCUAUAACACAAGCAUCUUGUGACCUGGGACCCUGCGCUAGCGUGGCUGAAACACCAUUAACAUUUUGGACAAAGUUUAAUCAUAUACUAACUUUUCCUGAGGUUUACCACUCUUUCAAUAAUACUCGAUUUAAUAUUGAGCUUUUUUUGUCUGGGGAAAGCUGUCAACUCAUCAUAUAACCACAUAGAUCCCAAUAUAAAAGGAUCGAAAUGCUGCAUCUUUUAAAAAAAACAAAUAAAAAAAAGCAUGAUCCAUUUAAUCGACAUUGCAUGCGAGGCACUAACGAAUCUUUUAGGCUAGUUUUAUAAAACCUUUUCGAGGCUUGUUUUGAGGGCAAGUUUGAGUUCUUUGCAAUUGUUUGUAUUCCUGAUGGUGUAUUCAAACAUCACCAGUGUCUUUGUAUGACAGACAUUUUGAAAGCCAAAAAAAAAGAAACCUACUGCUCUAUUCCACAUGGGACCAAAACCUCUACAGAUCGACUUAAAAAAUUAACAGUUUUAUUUUUUAUAAGUGUAGAUAAUCUAGGGUCUUGUUAAAAAAAGGCUCCACCCCAUCCCACCAGACUGAGGCAGACUGGUGUCGGUGGGGUUGAGGAGGAGUGGGGCCCGAGCGGUGAAAGCUGGCCCACAUGACCGUCUCAUGGCUCUGCAGCAUUGUGCUUGAUCCUCGUCGCAAAAUUCAGGCUUAGGGUUUAACACACAGAGCGAUGCAGUCAUCGACACUUUGGAAGAUGAAGUGUGCGCUUCUGUGCUCGCUCAGAUUUGGCGUGGCGAGCGUUUAAACUCCUGUGUGUCAUCUCUGAAUCACAGUGCAGUCGCCACAACCGCCACCAACACACCCAAGGUACCAAUAGGUGCAUUUAGACCAUUUAAUUGAUGUCAUAGUUUCAAAUUAAUUUUGUCCCCCUCAUUAGGAAUGUUAUAUAUAUAUAUUCACACCAAAGACCAUGUGUUUAGACAACUCACACCGAGUAUUGUAGUAGAAUAAAUUGAUUGUUUAGUUUUUCAAAGUAUUGAAUUUCUGCUUUUUGUGGCACGAAAAAAAUUAUUUGAACCUUUUUUCUUCUGUUUCAGCCAAAGUAACGUAUAGUGGAAUUUAUAUGUGACUCCAUGAAUGUUCUCUUGUAGCUUGACUCGUUUUCCACUGCCGCUGACGUGAAUGCUGGAAAGUUUCUCUUAAAUUUUAAAGAAUGUGUGUCAAGAGAUGGGGAUUGUAAUUCCAGUCGGAGAAAUAAAAGCAUAUCUUUCUGUGCGUUACUUUUAAAAAUGAGCAGAUAGUGACAGACAUAAUCUUAACAUAAACUGUCUUUAUUCCAAAUGCAGCACUAUACAGGACUCCAACAACAACCCUUUAACAUUAUUGUAGUUGUGUUCAAUCUGCAUGGCGACUUUCUUCCAUAAAGCAUAAAAAAGCUUGGCUGCUUAUGUACAUGUUGUGUCAAAGUCAUAACUCGUGUAAGGGACUGUGCUAUGUUGGUCGUUCAUAUAUGAAAUGUAAACAUGUCUUCAAUGUUUUUUCGAUUAUACUCCAUGGUAAAUAUACAUCAUGUGCCUGCAUUACUCCUCUCAUCAACGCCUCAAUGUGUCAAAUAAAAACUGUAUUUUUCUCUGA